GAGUGUGUGUGUGCGUGGUGUGGUGUGGUGUGGUGUGUGUGUGUGUGUGUGUGUGUGUGUGUGUGUGUAUGUGUAUGUGUGUGUGGAGCGCAAGUGUGUUUGCAUUGUGCACCAGAAGCAGGAGAACAAGAGGAGAGGAGCACACUGUCCUACUCUCGCUUUUUCUUCCAUUCUGCUGUUGCUCUGCCGUGGACACCUGAACAAGACAAGAACUGAGGGGAGUGGAGUGUGUGUGUGUGUGUUGUGGGGGUGGGUGGGUCAGGCAGGGAAAGAUGAGAUCAAAGAGCCAGGUGAGGAGGAGACACAGGAGCUUCUGUUUCUUUCUCUCUCUCUCUCUCUCUCGCUCUCUCUCUCUCUCUCUCUCCCUCUCUCUCUCUCUCUCUGACGCGCUGUAGUCUGUGAGUGAGUGUUUGUGUGAGGGAGAGAGAGAUCCAGCCAAAUCGGUCCACUUCCCUCAUCCAAGCAGACAGUGAACCUGGAGAGGAAGGAGCAGCCUGUCUCCACACUAACUAUUAAAGACAUAUGGUGGACUGCAUCCUCCGUGUCUUUAGCUUCUCCCCGGCAGGGCUGGCUGUUCUGGAAAACGCAGAUGUCACAUUAUGGGACAAAUUAAGAAAUGGCUGUAUAUAUGUGACUGUACAUGAGGACUGUGGCCUAAUUAUAAACACAGGGGUGAAAUGAACCGCUGCCCCAGAUGAGGAUUACUACAGUGACAGCCAUAAUAACAUGUUUAUGUGUAUAUGUUAUACAUGAUCUACAAUAACACAACGAGUGUUAAAAUAGUCCAACCCCUCCAACCAGAAACCUCUCAACAUCAUUAAGAAUGCAUCAUUCUGUGGGAGGAGAAAGAUAAAGUGUUGUACCUUCUCCUACCAUUCCCAGAGGCCUAUCUCAUCCCUUCUCCUACCACUCCAGAGGUCAAUCUCAUCCCUUCUCCUACCACUCCCAGAGGCCUAUCUCAUCCCUUCUCCUACCACUCUAGAGACCCAUUCCAUCCCUUCUCCUACCACUCCAGAGACCCAUUCCAUCCCUUCUCCUACCACUCCAGAGACCCAUUCCAUCCCUUCUCCUACCACUCCAGAGAACCAUCUCAUCCCUUCUCCUACCACUCCAGAGACCCAUCUCAUCCCUUCUCCUACCACUCCCAGAGGCCUAUCUCAUCCCUUCUCCUACCACUCCAGAGACCCAUUCCAUCCCUUCUCCUACCACUCCAGAGACCCAUUCCAUCCCUUCUCCUACCACUCCCAGAGGCCUAUCUCAUCCCUUCUCCUACCACUCCAGAGACCCAUCUCAUCCCUUCUCCUACCACUCCCAGAGGCCUAUCUCAUCCCUUCUCCUACCACUCCAGAGACCCAUUCUAUCCCUUCUCCUACCACUCCAGAGACCCAUUCCAUCCCUUCUCCUACCACUCCCAGAGGCCUAUCUCAUCCCUUCUCCUACCACUCCAGAGACCCAUUCCAUCCCUUCUCCUACCACUCCCAGAGACCCAUUCCAUCCCUUCUCCUACCACUCCAGAGACCCAUUCCAUCCCUUCUCCUACCACUCCCAGAGGCCUAUCUCAUCCCUUCUCCUACCACUCCCAGAGGCCUAUCUCAUCCACAGUCCAGACUCCCACCAUCUAGUCUGGUUACCAGGUGCACGACCAGACUUCAUCUCUAGAAUGACAGUGGGAUUUUGCCAGACCUCCACCUGUCCAGGGUGACCUGUCCAUGACCUGUCCAGCUCUACCUGCCCUGAUAGACAGUACCCCCGCUCCCUGAGCCUCUGUUCCUCAUCCCUAGCCCACCCCCCAAACCCCCCAGUCCCUGGUUCCUCAGCCCCAACCCACCCCCAAACCCCCAGUCCCCGGUUCCUCAGCCCCAACCCACCCCCAAACCCCCGGGUUCCUCAGGUCCAACUCACCCUCCAAACCCCCCACUCCCCUAGUUCCUCAUCCCCAACCCACCCCCAAAUCCCCCGGUCCCCCGGUUCCUCAGCCCCAACCCACCCCCAAACCCCUCCAGUCCCCCUGUUCCUCAGCAACCAGCCCGAAGCAGGGGAGGAUGGGUGAUGGGCCUGUGAGUCUCCCUGGUCUCACUCCUUCCUUCUCUCUCAUCCUCUCAUGGAGCCUCCUGUUGACAGCUCCACCUCCCCCUGGAACUCUUCCCAGUCCUCUCUCUCCGGACUUCCAGGUCCCUGGCUCCCAGCCUUCCCAGCCUCGCUGCACCCCAAUGCCUCUAAAGUGAGUCUUCCCGUGGACACCGGCGCCAGCAGAGCCCCCCUGGCCCAGUCCCUGGCCCUGUGUGUGAUGCUUCUCAUGGACCUCUUAGCGGUCGUAGGCAACCUAGCCGUCAUGGCUGUCAUCACCAAGACACCGCAGCUGAGGAAGUUCGCCUUCGUGUUCCACCUGUGUCUGGUUGACCUGCUGGCGGCUCUGGUUCUGAUGCCUCUGGGCAUGCUGCCGGACCGGGUUUUGGCGCACGACGAGGCACUGUGCCGGAGCUACCUCUGUCUUAGCGUGGGUCUGGUCAGUGCCGCCAUUUUAUCUAUCUCUGCCAUCAACGUGGAGAGGUACUAUUAUAUUGUCCACCCCAUGCGCCAUGAGGUCAAGAUGACCGUGGGGGUGGUUGUGACGGUGUUGGUCGGGAUCUGGAUCAAAGCUAUUGUCACGUCAGCAAUGCCACUCCUGGGCUGGGUCUUCCAGGGUAGCCAGGGGUUAGGGGUCGAACUCGGAGGGGGACUAGAGGCUCCCAUGAUCCCGAGUCAUCCAAGCCAGAGACGUUGCUCCCUACACUGGACCGGAGGAGGAGGGACCACACGGUUAAUAUUCAUGCUCUUCUUCACAUUUGUCUACUUCCUGUGUCCAGUGCUGAUCAUCCUUGUUGUGUACUGUAACAUGUUUAAAGUAGCCAGGGUGGCAGCCAUGCAGCAUGGCCCCUUACCUACUGGGAUGGACACACCUGGGCCCCGCCCUCACCGCUCCGAGUCCCUCAGCAGCCAAUCCACCAUGGCUGCCAGCCUGGGAGGCCCCGGAGGUGGCCCUGGGGGCCCAUGUCCUCCACUCCGCACCCCCAGUCAGAGGACCUUCAACGGGGGUAAAGCUGCGGCAGUACUGGUGGCGGUUGGAGGCCAGUUCCUAUGCUGCUGGCUGCCUUACUUCUCCUUUCACCUGUACGCCGCCCUGGUCUCCACCCCCCCGGCCUCCCUGGCUUCGGACCAGAUGGAGGAAGUCGUGACCUGGAUCGGUUACUUCUGCUUCACCUCUAACCCCUUAUUCUACGGCUGUCUGAACCGGCAGAUCCGCACGGAGCUGGGCCGAAGCCUGGCCUGUAUCUUUAAGCGGGCGGGGCCGGGCAACGGGGAUCAGCUGGCCAGCCGAGAGGCCUCCAUCGAGGAGAACUUCCUCCAGUUCCUCCAGGGGACAGGGUGCAAUCUGGAGCCCUGCGAAUCUCAGGCACACAGCAGGGCUAGCAGGCCAGAGGAGCUGGAGGAGGUGGGGGAGAGGGGCCCUCUUCAAGAUGGACCUUGUCAGGAGAACACGUUGGUCCAGGAACACACGCCUGUUGACUUCCACAUCCCUGGACAGAUUAUCGAGGAGACCUCUGAGUUCUUGGAGCAGCAGCAUCUGAAUCUGAACAAUGACAUCAACCUAGCAGACAACUGCUGCAGGGUACACAGAACAUUGCUGGACAGCGCCUGAGCUGUAGCUGACACCGGCCACUCAUGUGUACAGUAGGCCUUUUUUUCAGAGGUGGAAACACUAAAGUCUUAGUCUGUAGAACAAGCACCGGUGUAGAGUCCUAUGGUGGAAACGGCAGAUAGAUGCCAUGUUCUUUAGUAUGUCUGAGUAUUCCAUCUGAUGCUGGACUUGAUGGUGUUGUGUCCACAUUUGCUACAGUAUGAUUAUGGGACAUGAUGUGUACAUAGCAAGUAGUUACUACUACAACUCUAAUGUAUAGAGUUGCUAUCUUCUUUUGAAGAUUUCAUGUUGUUAUUAUCAGUCUAAAUCUCUAUGUUCAUUCUUCUGUCACUAGAAUCAGGGUUCCUUUAUGGGAAGGUUAGGAGGUAUGAUACAUGGUUGGAGAAAAUUCCAUUUAAAUUCAGUAAACUCCAGAAGUAAACAGACAUUUUAAUUCCCAUCUAUCCUCCAUGCUUUUCUAUGAGGUUUAGUUCCUGAAUUACCCUAACCCUGGUAUGAUGACAUUGCUACCCAUUUUCUAUCAAGACCAAAACUCCUUACAUUAAAUAUAUUUACUGCCAGUCUA